AUGUCUUCUGUAAAGAAAAUAAUACAUUUUCCACAAGGAGGUCUAAAUUACGUGCCCCUAUAUGAUACAAAUCCACAAUUCACCAAUGAUUUAAAAUUGUUAGGGGGGGUGUUCCAAGACUCCCACUAUAUUUGGCAAGCCAAAGGGCCGGUUUUGGAAAUUAGAAACACAAAAUCGGGUCAUAAAGUUGGUGCAUGGGUUUUUGGUGGAAUCUUAAAAGAUUCGAACACAAAAAUUGUGUGUGUUGAAGAACUACAAAGACCGAAUGGACGAAUUUCGCUCCUUGUAGUUGGCAUUGAAUGUACAAUAAGCGGUGGAAUUAUUUGUAUUUUUGAUGUUUUUAGUUCUAAGGUCAUAAGAGCCAUUCAAAUCAAAGAAAAGAUAUCAUUUCUGCAUGUGGUUGAUCCAGGAGUAGAAGAUCUAAACUUACCUGGUCCUUUAAGAAACUUUGAUGGAAUUCUAGCUGUAGGUACACAAGGAGGUGAUGUAAUUUUAUUAGAUAUAUGUAGACAAAUAUGUGAGGAAUCAUUCCAUUUUCCCAUGAAAAAAGAUGAGCUUGACCCCUCUCAAAUUGUACUUCUAACUGCUAAGCAUAUUUCGAAAAUUGAACAUUAUAAAGAAAAAUCUGUUAGAGAUGGUAAACACCUUGGUAUUCAUUUGAAUGCUGUUUUUGAGAAUACCACAGACCAUUUUGUGCUUAAAGGUCCUAAAGGUGAUGAUCAUAUACAUGUAAACAGAGAAGAAGUUAUAAUAAGUGCUGUAUAUUAUUGCUCUCAACUGACUUCGCUACUAAUUGGCUAUAAUUUCGGCGCCUUCCAGCUUUGGAAUCUAACCAGUCUAAAGCUGGUUUACACAUCUCCGGUUUGUGAGGGACAUAUACCAGUUACAAAUUUUGCUUUGCAAGAACCUACCGACGACCCUAAAGCGUUUUGUUAUAUUUGGGUAUCAUACAGUAAUGCUGAGCCGUUCCAAGCAGGAUUGCCAUUUGCCGUAAUGUAUGCUCUGUGUUAUGAAUCCAAAGAGUACCAUGAAGGUUAUGGGUAUUUAUACCAAGAUUUCCAUUAUUGUAAUAUUAGAUAUCAGAUGGAAUUAGGGCAUAUUGAAGAACAUAGGGGCGUAGCAUUACCAAAAGGAGGCCACUGUAUCGGAAUUCAGCCGAUAACCAAACACUCUACCAGCAAAGAUUCUUUUUCACCUUCAACCGCAGGCGACACUUCAGCCCUUUGUUUCAUAUCCUGGACGGUUUGGUUUUCAAAAUCAGACACACAAACCUGCUCUUUAAUUUUCGAUCUCAAUCAAUGGUACAAAGAACAAAUGCCAACUUUCACGAAAUGGAAAAACUGCAACAAUUACAUCGUAAGGACGAGUCUCACUGAAUUGAUUAUCUUCAGCGGACAGAAACCAGCACCCAUAUUGAAAGUAUUGUUAAAUGAAAAAUCGUUGACACAGUUCGUCGGUGUGCAAAAAUUAGAGGAACACUUUUUACCCACUUCAUUCUCAUUCAAUUUGUGGAUUUUGCGCGAAACCGACAUUGUCUUGAUACUUUCUCAAGGCUUGCAGAAAUCGCUGUUGGCCGAAAUCGAGUUGGCUGGUCCUUUGUGUCUUGUAAGACCGGCUGAUGUAUGUCGACAAGCCAUUAAGAUUGGUUUGACGCCGAUAUUCGUGGAUAUACUGCCUAGUAGAGCUCUAUCUAUCGAAUCGCAGAGAGAGUUCAUCUUGAAUGUAGCAUUAGAGCAUCAGUUAAUAAGCUGGUUGUGCAAAUGCGCUUCAGAAUGGGCCAACGGUAGUUUUUCUUCGGCCGGUUGUUCUUUGGAUUUCCUCAUAACAUGGGCUUUUCAAAGAGCCAUCGUACUUAAGAAUAAUUGCGAUAAAUAUUGCGCCCCUCUUUUCGAUUACUCACAAUCUAACUUGGAUUCCAAUACCAACGUUUUGUUUAACAGUUGUACGAGACAAUUGAGUAGUUUGUGCGUCCUGUAUAAACACGUCGCUGGGAAAUUAGGGAGCUACGUUAACUACAUGGAUGUGAUCAACGAGCAUUGUACUAGAUUGGAGAUGGUUUCUAUGUAUUUUGAGGUUAUUCAAUGGCUCGUGAAUGUGGGGCUGCUUCCUGAAUGCCACCCCUCGACUUACCCCCGUCCCGAUAAUUUGAAAAAGAUCAGCGCCCCCUAUCCUGUUCAAGAACUGACCGAAUACUAUGAGGGAAAACGUGCCGAGCUCUGUAUGUUGACCAAAGAAUCGUUUAAAUCCAGCGAGAGCUUAUUGUUUAUAGAUAAUUUGGUAAAUAGAAAGUGUGGUGGUAGCAAAUUAUUGAAUUUGUGGCAGGAAGAUGGAGGCAACGGUUUGUAUCCACCCCCGUCAUUGCAGUCUUUAGUAAGAACUUACUUGGUGGAUGGAGCUAGUAUAAGCCACAAGCAUUCGUUGGUUAUUUAUUUGUUUUUGGACUUAGCUAUGGCGCUCGAUCAGAGUAGGUAUUCAUCGGUGGUUACUCAUUUGAUAAAAUUCCCGGCGGUUUUCAAAGUAUCUCCAAGUCUAAUAAAAAUAACUCAAGCUUUUUGGCAGCUCGAUCACGGAGAUUUCACAACAGCGAUGGAUCAGCUCAUAGAUCCUUUCGUAUUGGGCGAAGAUCUUCAAUCUUGGCACCACACCAUAGCAAUGAGGUCGCUGUUGAUCAACAAACAACCUAAUUUCGCUUUGUUGUAUAUGAAGAUUAGAAAACCGCCAAUUUCGGAUGAAAAAGACGUUUUGACGGCUAUUAGUUUGUUAAUAGCUAAUAAAAUGCUCGAUGAAGCUUUUUAUUUUAAGAAGCAACACCAAAACAAUAACGGAAAUAAAUUAUUGACUCAUUUGUUCCAAGAAUGCGCGAAAAACGACGCUCUACAUCUAGUUCUGUACAAAUGUUUGAAUAGCGAUGAAGAAAACACGUUUUUCAGUUAUUUGAAAUGCGUGCACAAUGCUACUUCUGAAGAUUUGCAGAUUUUCUACUACCUGUUGAGAUCAAGGCUUGUAGAGGCUUUUGAUACUCAUUCGGAUAUAAGAAGGAAGGGGCACGACCGGCAGGGUCUCAUAGGGCAGAGUCAGUCUACGAAAACCGACCAGAUUGUUAAGAUUUUCAAAACGUUACUGCCCGAAGCUAAUAGGAAGUUGGUCGAUUAUAUAAGAAGGGAGAGAAAGAAUUUAUGGAAAGAAGUUGAAAAACCUGCACCGAUGUCAGUAUUCGUCCAUAAUACGCAGGAACAGGUUCAAUAUAAAUCUACUUUAAUCCAUGCAGCGUUGGCUAAAGCCAAGCAUACUUUCCCAAACAGUUUUACCGAGAAAUCGAUAACCGAAGAAACACCGUUUAUAAGAACGCCCACCAUCAGCAAAAGCGACAGAAGAUUAACAUAUUCAGUUAUAACCCCAAAAAUCUUAGACGACAAUGACGUAGACGAAAUUUCGGCACCGUCGCCUUGUAAAAGAAUGAGGCUGAGCCCCAGAUUAUCCACGGCUGAAUUGAAUUCACCACUAAAAACGAACGCUCAACAAAUUACGCGGAUGUCAAUCGUUAAUAGAAAACUGUCUCUACAACAGGAUUACACGCCUCAAAAUUGUAUUGGUACUCUCCAAAGCAUUCUAAAAGUCAGAAACCUCGUUCAAAAUCGAGACAGCAUUACAGAUACUACAUUCUCAGAAGAAACUAAUGAUUACGAAGCUUGUACGGACCCUUUGUUCCAUACUACUAGUUUGCGGCUACAAUCUAGAGCCUCCAUCUCUCAUACUCCCAAGCACCAGCACGUCCAAUUCGAGAAAACCACUCGUUUCUUUUCAUCACUCAGCGACCAAAGUGGCCAACAACAUGAUACUUCUUCUGAAGACUUGAAUCACCUCAGAUCGUCUUUAUCUUCCAAAGAUAUCAGCGCCGUAGCGUCGACUGUCGAAGAUGACGAGAUAAGCGAUGAAGUAUUUUAUUCUCCCGAUAACUCUGUCGAAGAUGAAAAAACUGAAACGGUUGUUACAACUCCGAGCACAAACGAGGUUAAAGAAGCACCAAAAGAAAUUGUAAUUGAAAAUAGUGAAGAAAUAAAAGAACCAGAUGAGAUUGUAAUGAGGUCUCCGAGAGGCAGAAGAAGUUACAAAGGGUCUUUGGGAGAUUCAUCACCAGUGAGAUCAAGUCCAAGAUUAUCAAAAUUGCAAUCAAAGAAAUCCGAAGAUCAGGAAACUAUGAACAAAUCAUCCCCAGUGUCUGAAAAAUCUUCAACCAGCGAUGACUGGGUAUCAUCAUCACCCAAACCGAAACCUGCACCGAAAAUCAAAGGAAGAAAGUCUCUAAGUCGUCAAGUUCUUAAACACAACAAUUUCUCGAAAAUAUUAGACUCCUUCCAAAAAGAAUUCGUAACUUCGAAAGAAUUAUCCUUUAUGAAAACCGAAAAAAUCACCGCUACGGAAAUCUCAUUGGAAAAAUCGAAAGUAACCAGUGUGAAAUCUAACAUUCAAAUUGUCGAUAAAGAAUCGUUCGAAACAGAUUCGAUAACAACAAAGUCCCAUUCGGUUAGUGGUUAUGUCACGAAGAAACAGAACCUAGAAAGUACUACGUUUUCAGAUUCUUCAGUUAGUUUGGAGUAUGUCGAACAAGAAUAUGACAGCGAUAGGAAGAACAUUGAACUGAUUGCAACCGAUAAGAAACUAACCAAGAAACAGUUAGAUUUUGAAGAGGAUGAACCUGUUCGACCAGAAGCUCCUGAUGAAAGGGAAAGAUUCGAUAUCGUUUCAAAAGAAGAUGAAGAAGAAGAACCACAUCGUCAGACAGAUGAAACGCAAGACAAGGAACAAACACAUGAAGAAAAUGAAAUAGAAAUGGUGGAAGACGUUCAAAUAGUUCAAACGCAAGACAACCAAAAUUUCCCUCCUUUCCAAGACGAUGCUGAGCUACCUUCCAAAAACGUCUACGAAGACAUUUACGACGUCAAUGAAGAUUACAAGGAUGAGGAUGAAGAAAGAUCGUAUAAUGAAUUGGAAAUGAACAUUUUCGGAUUGGAAGAAGAAUCCAGACGAGAUACAAUGUACUCCAUGGAUCCGGAGAGCAAUAGUUCUGACGUAUCCAACAUGGAAAAGGAAUUCAUCACCGAUUGUUUCGCCACGCCCGACACCGUUGAAAAUGACGUCGUCGUUAUAAUUAAUGACGACGAAAAAGGCUCUUCAGAUUACAGCGAUUCGUCGAGUUCCAAAAGCGAUGGUAAUUCUGGUUAUAGCAAUACAACAGAAGAAAAUCAAGUUGAAUUUAAUGAUAAUUCGAAUGACAUAUCUGACGAAAAAUCUCGAGUUAUUGAAUCGCCUUUCGAAGAAGGAAAACUCAUAAUUGAUGAAAGCGAAAAGAACGAUAUUUCUGGAGGGGCGAAAAUUGUAGAUAUUGCUACAAAUAUAUCUCUAGUAGAUCAUUUAGAGACUAAACGAAUUCCGGAUGUAACUAAAGAGAAUAUCAAAGAUAUUGUUACAAAUACGAAUCAAGGAGAUCAUUUAAAAACUGAACGAUUUCAAGAUGCAACUGAAAAAGAUGUUAAAACAUCUGCGGGGCCAAAAACAAAAAAAUUAGAAACCUCAAAGAGGAAAACAUCUGGACAUUGCGAAAGAGGAGAAGUAGAAACCUCAGCAACAGAACAAUUACAAAUCUUGGAGAGGAAAACAUCUAAAAACCCCGAAAUAGAAAAAGAAACCAAAAAAAGGGUAGAUGAUGUUAAAAAACCGGAAGAUACAUUAGAUCAACCUACAGUUAGUGCAACUCAAAAAAAACCAUCAAAAGCAGAUAGAUGCAGUGAUACAACCGCUUUAACAGAAGAACCAAUGGUUAACGAAGAUGGCGCAAUUUUACAAUCAGUAACGGACAUUGAACCGAUAAUGGAACUAAGAGUCUGUCUUUUAAGAGACGUGAAACGACAUUUCACCGAUUAUCAUACGACCUCGUCUUCAGAUACUACAGAAGGGGAAACGUUCAGAAAGGAACUGGUGACAGUUCAAGUUCAUACAUCCAAUAAGGAUAAAAAGGAGGAGACUCGCACGAAAAUGAGGACGAGGCAGGACGAUGCGCCUACUCAAUUGACAGAUAUCAAUGAUAAAAGUGAUAAGAAGGUUGCGGAUAAGAAAAAAGAACUGGUUUCAGCCAAACGAACACGCCGAGCUUUUUCUGCGUCCGACACGCCCGUCAGAACUGCCACCAGCAGACCGAUCUGUCAGGUUAAAAUAGAUUGCGACCCGAACGACUCUUUUAAAUUGCUUAACGACGGUUCCAACUCAGCCGUGAAAUUGACGUUGAGAAAGAAACGUAGUGCCAGCGUCGACAUAGCUCCCACAUUCUCCCGCCAGGUGACGCUGAAACGUAAUGAGUCGACAAACGAAGUUAAAGAGAAGAGCGGCGACAGAAGGGCGAUGUCCGUGUCGAACAUGCCUGUGAUAUCGGAAGAGACGCCCGAUGGGCAGGCGAGGACGCCCAGGAAGGCUAAGAGCACUGCCAACUCAUACACGUCUGCACGAAGGUUAACUAGGCGACAGGCGAAUCUCAUAAAAGAUGUUGCUAGUGUAUCUAAAGACGACAUUAGACCUAUAAUUUCGUUGGACGUAGACGACAUAGAUCCUAUUAAAUUGUUAGACUUGGACUCGUUUGAAGGAAAACCAGACCCAGACGAAAAAGAUGUCUACGAAUCCCCCUCGCCGUCGUCGAGCGCGAACUCGCAAACGAACAGAAGAAGAAGAAGAAGAAGAAGAAGAAGAAGAAGCCGAUCGAAUUCGAUCUCAACUGAAAUUUCGACGUCCCAUUCGCAUUCGAUAACAAAAAGAGCGACCAGGAGUGAAACUAAAAUCCCAAUUUCAACAGGGGUAUCUACGAGAUCUAGAAAUCAUUCCGAGACCAGUUCAGUAGUAUCUGAGCACUCUGAAAGCUCCACGACUCCAAAAAGAGCCAGAAAAAAGAAGUUGGGCGAGAACGGCGAAGCUCCGAGUACCGCGAUGAGUACUAGAAGCAGAACCGCUUCGAUUUCUUCCGACAAAUCAGAUUUGUCGAAUUCUUCAAGGACGGUAGUUAGAGCUAGACGAGGAGUGGCUGCUAAAUCGGAUCUACCGGAAAUUGUGGAAGAGAAAGUUACCGAAAAUGUGAGUAUUAUUUUAAUAAUAUUCAAAAGUUUUCGGAAAAAAGUAUGUCAAUUUUUUUUAUAUUUUUUUAUUUUUUUUUAUUUUUUUUUACCUUUUAA